UGUUGCUUGCUUUGAGAAUAAAUCAUCACCAUCUUCACCACAAUCAUAGCUGGAUGCUGAGAGAAAAGAAGAAAGCGGAAAUUCAAAGUCACUCUUCUUUUUUCUUCUUCUUCCCCCACUAACAAUAAAGAGAGGGAAGAUUCUGAUCUGAUUCAAGGAGAAAAGAGGAAAAGAGAGAGAAAGCAAAAGGAGCAAAAAUUCAAUCAAUACAAUUCCAAAUCAUCCAUCAUCUUCAAACUUCCUUUAUCGAUUUCUGCUCAUACAACCCUCAUUUGUCAAUUGUCUUCAUUUCAUUUAUUUUUUCUCCACUACCUAACUCCACCUUCAAUCACCCCUUUUAGACUUCCACAGCAAACAUAAUCAUUCCAUUAGACUCAGAAACUCAAAAAGUUAAGCUCAUUUUUAGCUACCAUUUUCACCCCUUUUUCCACCUCCAUGAAUCUCGCUUGAUUCAUCAUUCCAAUCCCCCCUUUUUUGGUUGUUUCCAUUGAAGAAAACAAUGGCUGCUGAAAGACCAAUCUCCAAAGGGCAAGCAUGGUUCUGCACCACAGGAUUACCGAGUGAUGUGAUAAUUGAAGUUGAUGACAUGACUUUUCAUCUCCACAAGUUUCCUCUGAUGUCGAAAAGCCGAAAGCUUCACGAGAUAAUUACAGAGCAAGAAAACAGCCAAGAAGCUCUAAAAUUAGCAAGAAUCAGAGGCUCCUCUGAACCCGACCACAACUCCGACAACGACAUUGCAGAGAAACAAGAAAUCGAGGAAGAAGAAGACGACGACGCCCACUGUCACAUCACGCUCCCAGAUUUCCCGGGCGGCUCCGACUCCUUCGAGACCGCCGCGAAAUUCUGUUACGGCGUCAAAAUAGACCUCUCCGCCGCCAACGUCGCCCCCCUCCGUUGCGCCGCCGAGUAUCUGGAGAUGACGGAGGAGUACUCCGAAGAGAAUCUGAUUUCGAAAACAGAAAAAUUCCUCUCUCAGUCAGUCCUCAAGAAUAUCAAACUCUCACUCAAAACACUCACCUCCUGCGAAGGGCUGCUCCCCACGGCGGAGAAUUUGGGGAUUGCUCAGAGAUGCAUCGAAGCUAUUGCGACCAAAGCCGCGGCUUCGGAUCCGUCGCUGUUUGGCUGGCCGAUUAACGACGGAGUUACGAACAACAAGAAUGAAGCUAAUCCGCGAAGAACUACGAGAGGUGGAGCUGCGGCGGCGGAGUCGUGGUUGGAUGAAUUAGGUUUUCUGAGCUUGCCGUUUUUCAAGAGCUUGAUUUUCGCCAUGAGAGCGUUGGAUGUGAGUGGGGAGAUCAUCGAGAGCUGCUUGAUUCACUACGCGAAGAAGUUCAUUCCUGGAAUUUCGCGGACUAAUCGGAAGCCGCCGCCUCCGUCGUCGUCUUCAUCAUCUGGCAUUGCGCCGACGGAGAACGACCAGAGAGAGCUGCUGGAAACGGUUAUCGCUUAUCUCCCGAAGGAGAAAGCGUCGCGAUCGGCUUCCAACGCCACGAGGUUUUUGUUUGGAUUGCUGAGAACUGCGUAUAUUUUGAAUGCCUCUGAGGCCUGCAGAAUAACAUUGGAGAAGAAGAUCGGGUUGCAGUUAGAGCAGGCGACGUUAGACGAUCUGUUGAUUCCGAGCUACUCAUAUUUGAAUGAAACUUUGUACGAUGUGGACUGCGUGGAGAGGAUUUUGAGCUAUUUUCUGGCAGGAAUGGAAGACAGAUCUGCAAUAGAAGGCGGAGAUGAGAAUACCAGCGUCAGAUCUGCGGCGCUGAUGCUCGUCGGAAAAUUGAUCGACGGAUACUUAUCGGAAAUCGCUUCGGACGCCAAUUUGAAGCCGGAAAAGUUCUACGAGCUCGCCGUUGCAUUGCCGGAUCACGCUAGGCUCUUCGACGACGGCCUCUAUCGAGCCGUUGAUGUUUAUCUCAAGGCGCAUUCAUGGAUUCCGGAGGCGGAGAGGGAGAAGAUCUGCGGUGUUCUGGAUUGCCAGAAGUUGACGCUAGAGGCAUGCACUCACGCCGCUCAGAACGAGCGGCUGCCGCUGAGGGCGGUGGUGCAGGUGCUCUUCUUCGAGCAGCUUCAGCUCCGCCACGCCAUCGCCGGAACUCUGAUAUCCGGCGAUGGAGGCGGAGGAGCAGAGGGCAGUGAGGAGGAAGAGGAAGAGGAUCACGAGGAGGAGAACGAGAGGGCAGUGGCGCUGGUGGCGCGGACGCCGGAGGGGAGGGGGACGUGGAUAGCGGCGGCGAGGGAGAACGAGGUGCUGCGAUCGGAUAUGGAUACGAUGCGGACGCGGGUGCACGAGCUGGAGAGGGAGUGCACCAACAUGAAGAAGGCGAUAGAGAAGAUUGACAAGGUGGGGGAAGGAGGACACGUGGAGAAAGGUGGUUGGCGGGCCAAGUUUGGGUGCAAGUUCAAGACCCAAGUCUGCGAUUCACACGAGCCCACCGUGGUCAACACUAGAAAGCCCAGGGCUCACCGCCGGGAACAAUAAACCUUAAAUUCUUGAGUUUAUUAUUGAGACUAGUUUUUAUUCUUGACGACUCUCUCUUUAUUUUUUUUGUGAAUACAAGUAAUUUAUGAAUGUGUUACUA